GCUAGAAAUUCUGAGCAGCAGUUUCGAAAUCUAUAAUUAGAUGUCCCGCCCUCUAGACUAAAGAAAAGCUGGGGGACUUUCGUUUUCCAGUCUGGUGCUCUCUCCACCACAGAAGGAAAGGAUCCAACCCAGGCUGUUAUCCAUGGCUGAAAAAGAUCAACGAAAAAAAUUACUAAGGAGUUUGGAAAUCGCAGGCAAAGAAGCCAUCACUGAACUUUUGGAUAAUUUGGUGCAAAAAGAUAUGGUGAAAUUAAAAGAAGAGGAAAAGAAAAAGUUUAAUGAUGCAAAACCUAAAGAGAAGGCCUGGGUCUUUGUGGACUGCCUGCUACAGAAGCCCCAUGAGGCUGGUCAGUUGGUUGUCCAAAGUUUUCUUAAUGUGGACACAAAGUCCAAUGAUACAGAAGCUCAUUCAGGAACUAAGGCCGGAACAGUUGAACCAGUAGAAUCAACUAAUACCCUCAAGUUUUGUUCUCCUGAGGAAUUCCAGAGAUGGCAUAAUGAAAACCCUGAGAAGAUCUAUCCCAUAAAGGAGAAAAGUAAUCGCACUCGUCAGGCUCUCAUUAUAUGCAAUGUAGCGUUUAAGGAUCUUUCUCUGAGGAGUGGGUCUGAACAUGACAUCAUAGGAAUGAAGGGGCUGCUGGAAAGCCUGGACUACACUGUGCAUGUGAAAGAGAAUCUUACAGCUGAGGAUAUGAAGUCAGAGUUGAAGAAAUUUGCUGACUUACCACAGCACAAGUUCUCCGACAGUAUGUUCCUGGUUCUUAUGUCUCACGGCACCCUUCAUGGAAUCUGUGGAAUUAUGCACAGUGAGAAAAAUGAAGAUGUGCUGCCUUAUGACAACAUCUUCCAGAUAUUCAACAACCGCAACUGUGUCUCUCUUAAAGACAAACCCAAGGUCAUCAUUGUGCAGGCCUGCAGAGGUGUAAACAAAGGCGAAAUAUGGGUUGGAGACUCUCCAGCAGCCGCGGAAGACAGCUCUUUGGGCUCUCCUAUGAACCUGGUUGAAGAUGGUGUUCAUAAGACCCACGUGGAGAAGGACUUCAUUGCUUUCUACUCAUCAACCCCACAUAAUAUGUCCUGGAGACAUGAAAUCAGGGGCUCUCCUUUCAUCAGAGAACUCAUCAAAUGCUUCCAGAAGUAUUCCUGCUGCGAUCACCUAGAGGAACUAUUUCUGAAGGUAAGAAGUUCUUUUGAUAAACCAGGUGUUCGAGCCCAGAUGCCCACUGUUGAGAGAGCAACCUUGACGAAACGUUUCUACCUUUUUCCUGGCUAUUGAAACCACAGGCAGCCCAGCCUUCCUUUAUCAACUCUAAGAAACACUUUUGUACAUGUAUUUAAGCCUUUGUAUUUCAUUAAAAAUGAAAACAAA